AUGGAAUUUGAGUCUUAUGAUGCUUUGGCGUUUCGCUGGGCGUACGGAUUUGAGUCGAACCUAGAGCGUAACAUACUCGUUAGCAUCGAAUGCUACCAGGUGGCACUGUCAGGCCUUCGCAGCAAAACCGAAGAAGGCAACAUCUACAAACGCCUCGGCAAUUCAAGCAACGAGCUCGGUGUGUUCUACAUGAACACCGCUAUGUCAAUGAUCAAUGACACAGCAAACGAACCCGUCCUGCGCUGCUUGGAAGAGCUGUGGAAGAAGUCGGGAGCACGUCUGUCCUGCGGCAUAGAGGCAUUCGAUAAGAUCGGUGACAGUGUCAACGUUGGGCUGGUGAAUGCAAACCUUGGUCGCCUGAUGCGCCUGUGCGCGCAGUCGCAUGCCGAGCUGCAGGGAGGAGGGCGGGAAUUCACGCCACAGGAGCGACACUGUUACCUUAAGGCUGCAAGUUAUUACCUCACGGCAAGGGAAAAGCUGCAGAGUCGCGAGGCGUGCACCGACAUCUGGGAUUCGAUAUCCUGGGAGCUCUCAAGCACCUACUUCAACAUGGCAACACAGUUGCAGGACUACGCACCUCUCUCUAGUCAUUCCCGCGAAGAGGUGGAGAAAGAGGUGACCGACUGCAUGACAAAGGCCCUGAAAUACUGUGAUCUCGACACACAAACGGCUCAGCUGCCUGUGAGGCAGUACAGAGGUGCCACUAUUCAACACAGACUUGCCUCACUCUACCACAAUGCUUUCAGAGGCCAGCUUCCCGAUUGCAGACGAGUGAGCAGCGGAGGAAGCACCUGCGCACGCUGGCAGAGCUUCACUAUGGUCGUGCGGUGACGCUGUUCCAGCAGCUGGAGCAGCCGUGUGAGCUGGUGCGCAUCCAGCUGGAGAGGAUCGCUCUGUGCGAGUUCACCCC